CACCGGUCACCCCUUGAUCACCUCUCUUCUACCUCCUCCCGUUUCUCACUACAAUCAUGCCUCGAGCAGAAGUCGGAACCCCAAAAUAUGUCGCAAACAAGAUGAAGUCCAAGGGGCUCCAACGCCUGAGGUGGUACUGUCAAGUCUGCGAAAAACAAUGUCGAGACGAGAACGGAUUCAAGUGUCAUGCACAGUCUGAAUCUCAUCUGCGUCAGAUGCUGGUAGUUGGGGAACAUGCUGGAAAGCAUAUUGCCAGUUUCUCUCAACAGUUCCAGUCCGAAUUCGUCUCUCUAUUGUCUAGAAGGUUUGGUACGAAGCGAGUUUUUGCAAACCGAGUGUAUCAAGAAUACAUCGCAGACAAGAGCCAUCUACAUAUGAAUGCUACGCGCUGGGUCACUCUUACCGAGUUCGUGAAGCAUCUUGGAAGAAGUGGGAUUGCAAGGGUAGACGACACUGAAAAGGGAUGGUUCAUUGCUUGGAUUGAUAACAGCCCUAAAGCUCUUGCAAAGGCGGAAGCUUCUAUGAAGAAAGAGCGCUCGACCACAUCAGAUGAACAGCGAGAGCGAAUGCUCAUUGCAGAGCAAAUUGAACGGGCUGCUGCUGAAGCGGAAAAUGGAGCAUCCCCACGAUCGUCCGAUUCUCCGCCAGCUGAAGAGGGAUUAAAAAGAGAUGACGGGUCUGAGAAAGUUGUUAUCUCGUUCGGUGCAAAGCCUACCAACGCGGACAAUACGGGAGAGACCUCGUCUUCCUCGUCUACAGCUUCAACUCCAUCCGCGUCCAUCGGCUUGAAGAUGAACCCCCUGAAGCCAAAGGUGAACCCUCUGAAGUCGACAAUAAACCCUUUAAAGGCAGGCAACCCAUUGAAACGAACCAACCCACUCAAACCGACUAGUGCUCCAUCAGCAUCACAGGCUGAGGAAAGCAAGAAACGUUCUGCACCAAUGACAGCGGCGGAACAGCUUAUUUUGGAAGAUCAACAGAGAAAGAGGCGGAGGAUGGAACGCGAGUCGGUGGUUUAGCUCCCUGUUAGGUCUUUCAGUUUGCAUGUUAUUUUUCCCAGUACUUGGUCCCGGUUUAAUGUAUUGCUACUCGUAUUGUACAACUGUCCACGCUUGGUGUGGUUGUCCUGAUGUCUAUUGAAUGAAGUGAAGUUUAGUUGACGAUUUUUAACUGUUCAAUCAGAAACGCUAGAAA